UUUCACAACUUAUACGUAUGAUCAUGGCUACACUUUUUUCACCAAACACACACAUGCAUAAUUUUUUUCUGUUUCUGUGUCUCUAAAGUUUUGUUGUUUUUAUGUAGAUUAUAAAAGCUACCCUUUUUUCUGCACAAAAAGUUGAACACUCUCCACCUUCUGUUUCACCGGUUUCAUUGCACGAGGUCGCUGAUUUUCUGCUCAUAAGUCAGUGACAGGACCAAGAAAUUGAAGUUGGAUCAAUGUAUAAAGGAACAGCAUCUAGAUUCUUAAUUUUCCUGUUCUUGUUGGGUGUAUCAGCAACUGUUAAUGGAUUUUCUAAAUGCAACUGUGACGAUGACACGAGCUGGUGGACGAUUGAGAAGAUUCUAGAAUGGCAGAAAGUCGGUGAUUUUCUGAUCGCGGUGGCAUACUUCUCGAUCCCUAUUGAGCUUCUUUAUUUCAUCAGUUGUGCAAACAUUCCAUUCAAAUGGGUACUUUUUCAGUUCAUUGCUUUCAUUGUACUUUGUGGAAUGACACAUUUGUUUAAUAGCUGGACUUAUGGACCCCACACAUUUCAAAUCAUGCUGACACUUACUGUCUUGAAAGUCCUCACUGCAUUGGUUUCAUGUGCAACUACCAUAACCCUCAUCACUUUGAUCCCUAUGCUUCUUAAAGUAAAGGUUCGAGAGUUCUUGCUGAAGCGAAAGGCGAGAGAGCUUGGAAUCGAGUAUGGUAUGAUAAUGAAACAGAACGAAGCUGGAAUGCAUGUAAGAAUGCUUACUCAAGAGAUUCGCAAGUCACUCGAUAGACAUGAGAUUUUGUAUACUACCAUGGUUAAAUUGUCGGAAACUUUAGGGUUGCAGAACUGUGCUGUGUGGAUGCCUAAUGUUGACAAAACGGCGAUGAACCUCACUCAUGAAUUGAAUGGGAGGAAUGUUAAUUCUUCUAUACCGAUCACUGAUCUGGAUGUUGUAAGAGUCAAGGGAGAUAAUGUAGUGCAUAUGAUUGAUUCUGACUCGCUGCUUGCUGCUGCGAGUAGUGGAGUUUCUGUUGAUGCAGGACCGGUUGCUGCAAUCCGAAUGCCAAUGCUUAGUGUUAGCGAUUUCAAAGGUGGGACGCCUGAGGUAACGGAAGCCUGUUACGCAAUACUUGUUUUGGUACUUCCUAGUGAAGAGGCUAGAUCUUGGAGCAAUCAAGAGCUUGAGAUUAUUAAAGUUGUUGCUGAUCAGGUAGCCGUGGGUCUUUCUCAUGCCGCGAUUCUCGAAGAAUCACAACUUAUGAGAGAGAAAUUGGAGGAGCGAAAUCGAGCAUUGCAACAAGAGAAAAGGAACGCUAUGAUGGCGAGCGAGGCUAGAGCAGUUUUUCAGAAAGUCAUGAGUAAUGGAAUGGGAAGGCCAAUGCAUUCAGUUAUGGGAUUGCUUUCAAUGAUGCAAGAUGAGAAUUUGAAGAGUGAACAGAAACUUAUUGUGGAUUCGAUGGUAAGGACAAGCGGCGUCGUAUCGAACUUGAUGAAUGAUGCUAUGGACAAUUCAGAUAGGGACGGUCGAGGUGGAAGAUUUCCUUUGGAGAUGAAAUGUUUUGGUUUACAUAACAUGUUAAAAGAAGCAGCUUGCAUUGCCAAGUCUAUGGCUUUAUGUAAGGGUUUUGGAUUUAAGGUUGAGGUUGAUAGGUCUUUGCCUAACUAUGUUAUCGGUGACGAGAAGAGGGUUUUUCAGGUGAUUUUGCACAUGGUUAGGAACUUGAUUGAUGGUAACAAUGGGGGAGGGAUUCUUGUGUUUCAAGUUUUGGCAGAAUCUGGAAGUCGAGGAAGGAGUGAACCUGGAUAUGCAACUUGGAGACCAAGCUCGUCUAACGGUGAUGUGCAUGUUAGAUUUGACAUAGGGAUCAAUAGCAGUAAUUCUGAAUCAGAGACCUCAGUUACUUCAGGGAGGCUUGCAGGAAGGAUGCGUACGAGUGAUCGGGCACUCGAGGAAAGUUUGAGCUUCAGCAUUUGCAAGAAGAUAAUCCAGUCAAUGAAAGGUAACAUAUGUUCAGUACCAAAUGCUAGAGGUUUUCCUCAACUGAUGACCCUUGCUCUUAGGUUUCAACUACGUCGUUCUACCGCUGUAACCAUCUCCGAACCAGGGGAGAGUUCAGAGUCAUCUGAUUCAAAUUCCUUGUUCAGAGGUCUGCAAGUCUUGUUGGCCGACAACGACGAUGUUAAUAGAGCAGUAACACAGAAAUUUCUCCGGAAACUAGGAUGUAUUGUUACAUCUGUUUCCUCCGGAUUCGAAUGCCUUAGUCUCGUUGGCCAUGGUGGUGCAUGCCCCUUUGAAGUUGUUAUUUUGGACCUUCACUUGCCUGAUUUAGAUGGAUUUGAAGUUACUGCAAGGAUCCGGAAGUCCAAAAGCCGUAACUGGCCUAUCGCUGUUGCUUUAUCGGCAAGCUCAGAAGAAGAAUUAAGGGAAAAAUGUAUGCAUAUUGGGUUUAAUGGAGUUAUCCGAAAGCCGAUUCUGUUGCAAGGAUUCGCGGAAGAACUCCAAAAAAUCCUGAAGGGAAAAUAGGUCCUAUGAGGAUCUUCAAGUCAUUAAUUUUCAGUCACAUUCUAGAUAGAAGUAGUUUAUGAACACAGCAAUUUUUGACUUCCUUUUUACAGAAAAUAUUUCAGUUUAUAGAUUUUAUACACAGCUUUCAUAUUUAUUAUGAAAGUAAAAUGGUAUACAAAUUAGUUCGU